UUAACUCAUUUGUUUAGGCAGUAGGGAGUUUCUGCUAGGGUCUGGAUUGGAGUUAACACACAGACCGGACCCUACCGUAUAUGAGUGGUGUCUGAGGAGAAAAAGGAUUCCCCUUGCCGCAAAGAAUCUACAUGUCUAAUAUUUAGACAUGUUCAGCUUUGUGGAUAUUCGGUUAGCGCUUUUGCUCAGCGCAACAGUGCUUUUGGCGAGAGGUCAAGGCGAGGAUGAUAGCAUAGCUGGCAGCUGCAACUCAGAUGGACAGUGGUACAAUGACAAGGAUGUAUGGAAACCAGAGCCCUGCCUGAUCUGCAUCUGUGACAACGGAAAGGCCUUGUGCGAUGACGUGAUCUGUGAGGACACAACUGAAUGCGCCGACCCUGUUAUUCCAGAGGGAGAGUGCUGCCCUAUCUGCUCUGACUAUGAUGGACCCCAGUAUCCAGAUGAGGGAGCUGAAAAUGGACCUCCUGGCCCCAAGGGAGACCCGGGUCCUCCUGGCCGUCCUGGCAAUGAUGGAAUCCCUGGUGUAGAUGGCCCACCCGGUCCCCCUGGCCCCCCUGGCCCCCCUGGCCUUGGUGGAAACUUCUCUCCUCAAUAUUCUGACCCCUCAAAGUCUAGUGGCCCACCUGUUCCUGGCCCAAUGGGUCCCAUGGGUCCCCGUGGUCUUUCUGGACCUCCCGGCACCUCUGGUCCUCAGGGUUUCACUGGACCCCCUGGAGAGCCUGGUGAGCCCGGAGCUUCUGGUCCCAUGGGUCCUCGUGGUCCUUCUGGUCCCCCUGGAAAGAACGGAGAUGAUGGUGAGGCUGGUAAAGCUGGACGCCCCGGUGAGCGCGGACCUGCCGGACCUCAGGGUGCUCGUGGAUUCCCUGGCACCCCUGGACUUCCAGGCAUCAAGGGACACAGAGGUUUCAGCGGUCUAGAUGGAGCCAAGGGAGACUCUGGCCCUGCUGGUCCCAAGGGAGAGGCUGGUGCCCCUGGUGAGAAUGGUCUCCCUGGUACUAUGGGUGCUCGUGGUCUUCCCGGCGAGAGAGGCCGCCCCGGAGCUCCCGGCCCUGCUGGUGCUCGUGGUAAUGAUGGCAACACCGGUCCUGCUGGUCCUCCUGGACCUACUGGACCUGCUGGGCCUAGUGGAUUCCCAGGCGGUGCUGGUGCUAAGGGAGAGACUGGUGCUCCAGGAGGCCGUGGAUCUGAGGGACCCCAGGGAGCACGUGGUGAACCUGGUAACCCUGGACCUGCUGGACCCGCUGGAGCUGCUGGUGCUCCUGGAUCUGAUGGUUCCCCUGGUAGUAAGGGUGCUCCUGGUGCUGCUGGUAUUGCUGGUGCUCCUGGCUUCCCCGGUGCUCGUGGUCCUGCUGGAGCUCAGGGAGCUGUUGGUGCUCCUGGCCCCAAGGGUAACAAUGGUGACCCUGGUCCCUCUGGUCCUAAGGGAGAGCCUGGUACCAAGGGAGAGCCUGGCCCAUCUGGACUUCAGGGACUUCCUGGCCCCUCUGGUGAAGAGGGAAAGAGAGGACCUCGUGGAGAGCCUGGUGGUGCUGGACCCCGUGGACCCCCUGGAGAGCGUGGUGCCCCUGGUGCUCGUGGUUUCCCUGGUGCUGAUGGAGGUGCUGGUGGCAAGGGUGCCCCAGGAGAGCGUGGUUCUCCCGGCCCAAUGGGAUCUCAGGGAGCUACUGGUGAGUCUGGAAGCCCUGGUGCUCCCGGUGCCCCUGGACUGAAGGGUAUGACUGGUAGCCCUGGAAGUCCUGGACCUGAUGGCAAAGCUGGACCCGCUGGUGCUCCUGGACAAGAUGGCCGCCCUGGACCUCCCGGCCCUGCUGGAUCCAGAGGACAGCCUGGAGUUAUGGGAUUCCCCGGACCCAAGGGAGCAUCUGGUGAGUCUGGUAAGGCUGGUGAGAGAGGUGCCACUGGACCUGCUGGUGCUGUUGGUGCUCCAGGCAAGGAUGGUGACGUUGGUGCUCCUGGAUCUUCUGGCCCUGCUGGACCUGCUGGAGAGAAAGGAGAGCAGGGACCUGCUGGACCUCCUGGAUUCCAGGGACUUCCUGGACCCCAAGGCUCUACUGGUGAGACUGGCAAACCUGGUGAGCAGGGUGGUCCUGGUGAGGCAGGACCCUCUGGCCCAGCUGGACCAAGAGGUGACAGAGGAUUCCCCGGUGAGCGUGGUGCUCCUGGCAUCGCUGGCCCAACUGGACCCCGUGGUGCUCCUGGCCCUGCUGGUAACGAUGGAGCUAAGGGAGAGCCCGGUGCUGCUGGUGCCCCCGGUGGUCUGGGAGCCCCCGGUAUGCAGGGAAUGCCUGGUGAACGUGGAUCUGCUGGUCUCCCCGGUGCCAAGGGAGAGAGAGGUGACGCUGGUGUCAAGGGAGCUGAUGGUGGUUCUGGCAAAGAUGGCCCACGUGGUCUGACUGGUCCUAUUGGAGUCCCUGGACCUCCUGGUGCUCAGGGUGAGAAGGGUGAGGCUGGUGCUGUUGGAGUCGCUGGACCCACUGGUCCUCGUGGUUCCCCUGGUGAGCGUGGAGAGGCUGGACCUGCCGGACCUGCUGGAUUUGCUGGACCUCCUGGUGCUGAUGGUCAGCCUGGUGCUAAGGGUGAGACUGGUGACAGUGGACCCAAGGGAGACGCUGGUGCUCCUGGACCUGCUGGACCCGCUGGAGCUGCUGGUCCUCAGGGACCUGCUGGACCUCCUGGACCCAAAGGUGCUCGUGGUGGUGCUGGUUCCCCUGGUGCUACUGGUUUCCCUGGACCUGCUGGCAGAGUUGGACCCCCUGGCCCUCCUGGAGCUGCUGGAGCUCCUGGACCUGGUGGACCUGUUGGCAAAGAUGGAGCAAGGGGAGCUCGUGGUGAGACUGGCCCUGCUGGCCGCCCUGGUGAGGCUGGUGCCUCUGGACCCCCAGGACCUUCUGGAGAGAAGGGCUCUGCUGGUUCUGAUGGAGCCCCCGGUGCCCCUGGUAUUCCUGGACCCCAAGGUAUUGCUGGACAGCGUGGUAUCGUAGGUCUCCCUGGACAGCGUGGAGAGCGUGGUUUCUCUGGUCUGCCUGGACCAUCUGGUGAGCCUGGAAAGCAGGGAUCAAGUGGUCCUGUUGGUGAGCGUGGACCCCCCGGACCUGCUGGACCCCCUGGACUCUCUGGUCCAACUGGAGAGGCCGGUCGCGAGGGAUCUCCUGGUCAUGAUGGUGCACCUGGUCGAGAUGGAGCUUCUGGCCCUAAAGGAGACCGCGGUGAGACUGGUUUGGCUGGUCCCCCUGGACCUCCUGGUGCUCCUGGAGCCCCCGGAGCAUUCGGCCCAUCUGGCAAGACUGGUGACCGUGGAGAGAGUGGUCCUGCUGGUCCUGCUGGUCCCAGUGGCCCUGCUGGUGUUCGUGGUCCUGCUGGUCCUGCUGGUGCUAAGGGAGAUAGAGGAGAGGCUGGUGAGGCUGGAGAGAGAGGCCACAAGGGACACAGAGGAUUCACUGGCAUGCAGGGUCUGCCCGGACCUGGUGGACCUCCUGGAGAGAGAGGACCUGCUGGUGCUUCUGGACCCGCUGGACCUAGAGGACCUUCUGGCUCAAACGGCGCUCCUGGUAAGGAUGGUGUGAACGGAAUGCCCGGACCUAUUGGACCUCCUGGACCUCGCGGUCGCAAUGGAGAGAUGGGACCUGCUGGACCCCCUGGACCUCCUGGACCCCCUGGACCUCCUGGACCUCCCGGCAGCGGAUUUGAGUUCAUCAGCCAGCCUAUUCAGGAGAAGGCCCCUGAUCCCCUGCGUGGUGGCCACUACCGCGCUGAUGAUGCCAAUGUCAUGCGCGAUCGUGACAUGGAGGUUGACACCACCCUCAAGACCCUGACUCAGAAGGUCGAGAAGAUCCGCAGCCCAGAUGGUACCCAGAAGAGCCCAGCCCGCAUGUGCCGUGACCUGAGAAUGUGCCACCCUGAGUGGAAGAGCGGCAUGUACUGGGUUGAUCCCAACCAGGGCUCUCCUCUGGAUGCCAUCAAGGUCCACUGCAACAUGGAGACUGGUGAGACUUGUAUCAACCCCAGUGAGUCCACCAUUCCCAUGAAGAACUGGUACCUCAGCAAGAACAUCAGAGAGAAGAAGCACGUCUGGUUCAGCGAGUCCAUGACUGGUGGAUUCCAGUUCCAGUAUGGCACCGAUGGAGCUGAUCCCGAGGAUGUCAGCAUCCAGAUGACUUUCAUGCGCCUGAUGUCCAACCAGGCCUCUCAGAACAUUACAUACCACUGCAAGAACAGCAUCGCCUACAUGGAUUCCGCCACCGGCAACCUGAAGAAGGCUCUGCUCCUCCAGGGAUCCAACGACGUCGAGAUCAGAGCGGAGGGCAACAGCCGCUUCACGUACAGUGUCAGCGAGGAUGGCUGCACGUCACACACUGGCACAUGGGGCAAGACAGUCAUCGACUACAAGACAUCAAAAACAUCCCGCCUGCCCAUCAUUGACAUUGCUCCUAUGGAUGUUGGUGCACCUGAUCAGGAAUUUGGCGUCCAAGUUGGCCCCGUUUGCUUCUUGUAAAAAUGAAAGAAAUAUGGACAUGACAUUGUUGUUUUUUUUCUAGCAGUCAUCUCUAAAUCCUUUUCUAUGCAUUCAUUUGGCUGCCAUUGGUCCACAUGCUUAAAACCACUCUACUGAAGACAGUGUUUGUGUCUUUCCAAUCAUGAGAAGUUCUUUGGGACUGCUACUUCAAUCAAAACCAACUACGAGGACACUUUAAAAAGAAUCUUUUGUUUUCACUGGCAACAAGAAAAUAAUAUAUGCUUGUGUAAAAUUUCCCCCUGGAGAUUAAGAACAAAAAAAAGACAACAGAUCUGCACAUGCAAGGUGACUUUUGCCAUUUUCUACCACUGCAGAAGGACAUUGAAAACAACAAAUGAUAUGUACCAUUUUUCUGGUGUUAAAUAAAUUGUAAAAAGUGUGAAGUGUCUUCUUGUUCUAAAAUUAAUGAGAAAAACACCUGAACAUUGAUCAGAGAAAGCAAAGACCAGCAAAAGAGCAAGACUAAGAAGCUCACCUUCAUUGCAAAAUGUAGAUGGCUACCUCAUAACAAGACGUCACUGCCACUUUUUACGAUUCACACACCACAAAUCUAUUGGGGGGAACAUUAAAACCAUUCAAAGGUGCUAUAACCGAUUCAAUGAGGUCCAGCUAUUGGUGUUUGAUGGUGACGCGCUCACUGUCAUACUGUAAUCAUUGCCACUAAUGCCUGCAGAACCUUUGGUGCUACUAAAUUCACUUGUCUUGUUGUCUAUGCAGUGCAAUUGUUUUCUUGGUUUGUUGGUUUGAUAACAGAGGUCCUCUGAAAAGGUGAUCACUGCAGUUGUAAUGCAUGCAAAAAUGUCUGGUUCAGUAUCAUUUUCCCUGCCCAUGUGUUCAGUGUUGAUCCUUCUGUCUGUUUGCCCCUGUGGAAAACUCCUCUUUACUAAAAAGCCAAACAGCACACAUCUCCCACCCUGUUGUUUAUGUUGUUUGUUGAUGUCUUUCUUGAGAAGGGUUUCUUAAAAAAGAAUUUGAAGCAGACCCACUUUCAUGGUUUAAAAAAAAAA